AACUCACUUGAAGUGGACUUCACGUGUUUCCCGAUUUGUUUACAAUUUUCCGCCGCAAAAUGCAGCCGUUCGAAGUGCCGCCCUGGGAGGCAGGAGCCGAAAUCAUUGAAUUCAAACCGGUGAAUCCCUCAGGAAAUGGAGUCGCCGCCAAGAAGCCAAAGAAAAAGAAGCCCAAAAAGAAGAAGAGCGCCGUGCCAGAAGAAAAUCCCAAUGUGAACAAGACAGCGGGAAAAUUCAGUUACCGACAGGGCGGCGGACCUCUGGCCCCGCCCCGAAACUUCUCGGAUGAUGAUGAUGACGAUGACGACGAUGUGGAGGAUGGCAUCCGGGCCAUGCACAAGGUGAAGUCUGGCAGAAUCGAGAAACAGCGAGCGCCAGCGCAGGCCACAAAAGGUGGCAAAAAGGAACUGAAACUGAAACCGCAGCUGGCCCAUGCGGCUGUGGAGGCCAUGGAGGCCACCAGCUCAUCCACGCCGGCUGCCAACGCUCUGGCCAGUAAGCUGCAAUCGGAACUCCUGGGCGGGCGUUUCCGGUACAUAAACGAGCAGCUUUACUCGACGACCAGCCGCAAGGCGGAGGCACUUUUCCGCAAGGAUAGCUCCGCCUUCGAGGCCUAUCACGCUGGCUACCGCCAGCAGGUGGAGAAGUGGCCCACCAAUCCGCUUAAUCGCAUCAUCAAGACCAUCAAGAAGGUGCCCAAAACAGCCAUAAUUGGCGACUUUGGUUGUGGCGAGGGCAAACUGGCGCAAUCCGUGCCCAACAAGGUGUACUCCAUGGACUUGGUGGCAGCCCGUAGCGACAUCAUUGCCUGCAACAUCACGGAUACGCCACUCCAAGCGCAAUCUCUGGACGUGGCCGUAUACUGCCUCUCACUGAUGGGCACGGAUCUGAACGAGUUCUUCCUGGAGGCCAAUCGAGUGCUCAAGCUGCACGGCAGUGUCUACAUAGCGGAGAUUCAGUCACGAUUCGAGGAUGUGCGGGAGUUUGUUCGCUGCCUGAGUGCAUGUGGAUUCGAUCUGAUCAAGAAGGAUGUGGCUGUUAACUAUUUCUACUUCUUCCAAUUCAAGAAGAUGCGUCAUGUGCCCAAGAACACCAAACUGAAGGCUUUCUCUCUAAAACCUUGCUUGUAUCGCAAACGAUAGGUUGAUAUUCUAUUCGAAUUAGUAGAUUUCCGACUUGGCGAACUGUUGAAAAUCCAAGACAGAGAAUGCACUUAUAGAUAGUUACAUUAACUUAAUGUAGGAAACAUAACAACCGCAAUAAACAUGAAUUUUAA